AUGACAUAUUUUGGUGGUUUAGGCAUUGGUUUGAGUUUCCUUUUUGGUUGCAUGGUGAUGGUAUUUGCUGCAGAAUUGUACUACUUGUUAUGGGUAAGAAAAAGAUUUUCAAAAACUAAUUGUUUAACCAAAAUUGGCACUCAAGAAGUUACAAGAAAUCAAGAAGAUCAAGAUUUGGAGUUAGGUGCAUCAUCAUCAUCGUCAUUGAUAAAAUUGGAAGGAUACAGAGAAGAUAACGAAGAAUCGGAACUUACGAGGCUAUAUAACCUUCGAUUCCUCUCUACAAUUAAAGAGGAAACGAAAGAGGAUUUGGAAUCUGAUGAUGGAAGUAGAAAAUGUUCGAAAAGUAAAAGUUUUAGUGAUAUUGCACUAAUUCUUACUCCUCUGUCUUCACCACCUAUUAAAUCUCAAGAAUUCAGUUUCAAUCCUUUAUUUGAAUCUGAAAUUAAGAGUAUGAAAUCUUCACCUCCACCAAAGUUUAAGUUCUUGAGAGAUGCUGAGGAGAAACUUAUAAGGAGAUUAAUUGAAGAAGCUGAGAAAAGAAAAAAAUCAUCAAAUUCAAUAGUUGUCUCUGUGUGA